GUGUUGAUGUCUUAUUUUUAGUCACCAGUACAACAAAUGCAUAUAUAACAUAUGCAAAGCAAAUAAAAUAAAGGAAAGCGUGUGAAUAAUGAGCAUGUGCAACUGUUGCAGUACUAAAUGAACUUUUUUUUCUCCAACUAGAGCUUAAUGAAACUGUCGUAUGUACUAACGAGCAGAUACAAGUGACCAUUCCAAGUGCCUUUUUUCUCAAAAAGGACCCCCCUCUUUAUGUAUGUCUGUGCCUCCUCAAAUAAUAUAUAAAUGUAUUUUAAAAGAUGUAGUCAUUUUUAUUCCUCAUGUCUGAUGAGGAUGAAACCUGUGCUUUCUUUCUAAUGCAGAUUUGGGAUUUGCACCUAAAUGACCCAGUGUGUCGUGGCGUUGAGAUUGGGGAUGGCUAUGUCUUCACUAUCAAGACUAAUCUUACAGACUGUGGCACCAUCAUGGCAUCUGAUGAGACUUACAUCAUGUUCACCAACACCAUUCACAAUAAUGAAACAGACGUCAUCACUAGAAGCUAUGUCAACAUUACAUUUGGAUGUCGCUACCCUUCAAACUACAUGGUCCAGCAGCCUAAUGGCGAAAACAUGAUCCGAGUGGACGUCAGGACGAUCACUCUAGACACAGAAGAUGGAAAUUUCUCAGUGUCCAUGCUGCUUUAUAAAGAUGAAAACUUUGAGGAUAAAUGGACUACUGUUCCUUCUCUAAUGCUUGAUGACAACAUCUAUGUGAAAGUUUUCAUGAUACCAGCUAAUCUCAUGCUCCGAGUGGAGAGAUGCUGGGCCACACCGAACCAUGAUCCAUACAGCAACAUUCAGUACACUUUCAUCAAGGACAGCUGUCCAGUGCUGACCAAUAACCAGAUGCUGGCUGUGAUGAAAAAUGGACAAGGCCCAGAAGCUCUGUUCAGGAUCCAAAUGUUUAAGUUUGUGGGUAGCUCCUACACAGACAUCUUCCUUCACUGUAACAUCCAGAUCUGCCACAGCAGUGCAGGAGCAUGCCGGCCUAACUGCUCUACUGAGGAUACAUCAGCACGGAUACGCAGAGACGUUGCUCUGUCCCAUACUGUGUCCUAUGGACCAAUUAAAAGACACCAGAUUCACUCUGAUAACAGCUCUCCGAAUGGAAGUGUUCCCCCCGUAGAAACCUUUGUGCUUGGAAGUCUGUUGGUGGUUCUGCUGCUCAUCACUGGUAUGUUUGGGAGGCUGUGGCUCAAAAACAGACGGUCUUAUCCUACCCAAGAGGCCCAACUCACCCUGUCUAAUAUCCACCACAUCUCAGAGGUGGCCAGCUAAGCUGAGGUCCACAAGAAAGUACCUCUCUUACACACACAUGAAAUUAAAUAUAUAUUAUGUACAGAGAGCAUUACAAAUACAAUAUGUUGUUCUAAUGAACUACAAAUAAAUAAGUGUAGUGCAAUAUAUUAGUCUAUAGGUUUCACUGAGAAGGCUUUCUU